AUGUUUAAAAGUCGCUCGAGUAUUCCCCUCUGGGGACUGCUAUCUUGGUGUUUCGUUCAGUCUGCCAGUGCGAAGUCGCAGACGUAUCAAUCGUUGGACGCAAAGUAUGGAGGUGCCUUGACGGAUUCAGGAGACUAUCUUUAUGGAUCGAACAAAUGGGGUGAUGAUGGGAGUGGAAGUCAAAACAUGACUAUCCUUCUAGCGGACACCAAUGGCGCAAGUUUCAACGCGACGUGGAUGUGGGAAAAGAACAUCGAAUAUGUCCACGCCUACCCCAACGUCGGCUACCAAUCCAUCCAACUCCCCACCCAAAUAAGCAACAUCGACACCUUCCACCUCAGCGGCAGCUGGUCCUUCUAUCCCGUCGGGCAAGAAUCCGCCUCAGACAUGACGACGGCCCUCAAUGCCGUCGGCUGCAAAGCCGACAUCGCCCUGGACAUGUUCCUCGACAACAACAACGUCUCCUCGACCAACGCAUCCGUCGCCACCCACGAAGUCAUGGUCUGGCAAUCCGUCUGGGGCGGCGUCUGGCCCAUCGGAUACUACGAUCCACCCACCGGAGCCCCCGAAUACAAGCUAGGCGACGUCACCUACCAGCUCUUUAGCGGCCACAAUCAACAAGGACAAAAACAAGCCGUGUUUUCCUGGGUUCCCACCGUCUAUCAACAAUCCAUCGAUGCCGACAUAUCCGAACUGGUGAAAGAACUCGUCACCCUUGGAAAUAUCACCGCGGAUAUGUAUCUGGGAUUGAUCCAAUUCGGUUCGGAAACAGUACAUGCGACCGAACCCGUGGAAUUACAAAUGAAGGAUAUAGAAAUGAGUCUUGGGGUAUCGAGUUCGAGGACUGCGUCGCCCACGGCGACGAGUACGAGUAAGGGGGGCGCGGAUAUGUUUCGGGCGCAGAUUACGAAUUUUGCGGUUCCGGCAGCAUUGGGUUUGGGGGUUAUGCUGGCGGUUUGA